AUACGGUUCAGUGUUUUUGUACAGACACUAUGGCCUGUCUAUUCAAAUAGAGAGCAGAAAGUUUACUAACUAGUUCUUGGAGCUUCCUUUUAAACAUGGAUCAAUCUUCAAUCAUCUUCAUAAUAAUUGUCAUAAUCAUAGUUUUACUGUGUUAUUUCCUAUAUGGAAAAAAUUUUACAAGCAAAAAAGAUUCCUCUAAGAAGAAGGCAGACUUGAAUAGAUCAAUUUCAAUCGAUAGAGGUAAAAAUGUAUUUCAAAUUACUAAAAUCUGCAUAUAAAAGAUAAAAAUGAUAAAAUACAAUUCAAAGAUAAUAAAAUUUUAUUCAAUUUUAUUUUUAGUAUGUGAGAGUACGACGGAAGUUCGUUUCAGACGUCAAUUAAGCAAGAAUAAGAAAUCGGAGGACUGACGGAAAUUAUUGAAGUUCUGAAUGACAUUUUAUACUUAAACGAAUUAAUUAAUGUGCUAUUUGAUGCCAAUUAAAUUUUUAUGCAUUAAUAAAAAAUGAUUAGGCUUACAUAAAUACAAACAUACAAUAAAUUUUCUGCUCUCUCUCUCUCUAUUAUUGAUAUAAAAGUAUGAACGAAACAUCAACAAUAACCAACUUAGAGCCUUUUAAUAGGACAACAUACGAAUUUUCUAAACAGAGUGAAGUACCAUUUUGGGUUUAUGGAAUAUGUAUCGUCCUAAUUGUAAUUCUUCUAAUCAGUAUCGGAAUUGUAUUACUAUUAAAUGCGAAAUUCAGGUUUGUUUAUUAGUUAUUUAUUAAGACAAUAAAGCGAGAAAAAUGUCUUUUUUUUGGGAAUAAGCGAUCUAUCUAAUAUCCGUUAUUCGCUCUUUGGAACUACUCAUUCAGCAUUUUAAAUCAUAUACAUUUAUAUUCUUGAUAGAAGAUGAAACUUUUUUCCCUCAGAAACGUUGUCCAGUUUCAUCAAAAACUCAAGCAAAACACUGUAGAAGAAAAGCCUGCAAUAGAACAAUCUAUGUUCACACUGCCAGCAAAACGUUCUGUAUGUGGCAGUUUAGCUAGAACGAUUCCGGAAAAUGCAUUACCUACUAUAGAAGAAAACACUUUAGCUCCACUUGCAGUUCCAGCUCCCCCUCCACCUCCAGCUUCGAUUCCGGAUCCAAUUCCAGUUUCAGCUCCACCAUCUAUUAUUAUUGGCAAUGAUCCCGCCUCUGUUCCAAUGACCUUAUCUGUACAAUCAAAUAUUUUGUUGCCACAAGACACCCAACCGGAAAAAAAUGUCCAAGAUUGGCUAGGAGUUCUGAACAACCUGAAAGACGAGGAGGUCACUUUGAAAGCACGGAAGAAGGAGGAGAGGAAAAGAAAGGAGUUGCUGAGAAAGGAGGAAAAGCUUAAAACGUUAGUAAAGAAAAAGAUAAAAAAGGACGAACAGCGUUUUAUAGCUGACCAGAAAAGCUAUGAAAAGAAACGAAGAAAACUACUAAGGAAAGAGGAAAAGUUGAGAAGUGAGUUAGCCUCUCAGGGUAUUUACAUUCCUCCGGUAAGUGAAACUGAUUUAGAGGAAGAUAACGAGAAAUCAAUAUCGGAUUUUGCUUCGGACGACUGGAGCUGUUUUUCCAGCGAAGAAGAGAAGGAAAGGAGUGACAGAGAAGAAGAGGAAGACGACAUAUCAGAAAAUAACGAGUGUAUAUUUCAAACAGACGAAUCCUUAAUAACAGCAGACGAGGAAUUGAAUGACGAACCUAAAAUACGAAUUAUUCAACAUGAUUCAUCAGGAGUGGCCAGAGCUGAAAAAAUACAACCAGGUCGUAUUGGUACGGAAACUAUAAGUGAAAAAGAUUUCGAAGAUGAGGAUCCAUAUUAUUAUAACUCUAUGGUGGAUGAUAGAAUGGAACAAGUUAAGACAAUGAGCAUUAGGGAAUCUAGUAGUAUAGUUGGAGAAUAUCGAAACGAUACAACAAAUUAUGAUGACGAUGAUAAUGAAAAUGACUAUUACAACGAUAGUAAUAGAAGUUUUCAAAAACAUUCCGUAUCCGCAUCCGAAUGGAGUCAAUCCUUUAAACAGAAAGAUGUUAAAUAG